AAAUGGGGCGGGGAGGCGGGGGCUCUCCAUCUCCUCUGCGCUCUCUCCUAUUCAACCUCUGUAGUCAGCAGAUCGAGCAGCGCAGCAUCCACAGCAUCGCGCAGAGGAAAGGACGGAGAAGCGGCGGGCUGUGGAGAGGAAAAGAUCAAGUCACAGAUGAAGACGGGCGGAAAGAGACGAAACGCUCAGGGGGGGCUGAGGAUGCAAAAUGAAAGGACCCGAGUGAACGCUGCCGCCUCAGCUCCACUGCAGUUGUACUAAAUCUGGAGCUGUCAGGGCAACCUGAGAGAGACAGAGGAGGAGAAAAAACUGAUCUGAGGAGCUGAUCUCAUCACUCUGGACAAGCAGGGAUGGGAACCCCAGGAGCCUCUCGUCAGCAAAUCAAACUUCACACAGGAGUAGCUCCAUCAGCUCGCCAGCCCGAACCUUCAGAAGACUGACAAAUACAUGAGAAGAUCCGUUUCUGUACUUCCAAGCUCUACAGGAUCUCUGUGUACUGCGCUGUUCCCGCCCCCCCCCCAACCCCCCCAACACACCUUCCUGCUUCUGGUGGAUGUCUUCUCCGCACACACUCCCACUGCUCAGCAGUUGAACACACUCAUGGUCGAUGCCAAGGGAAGGAACAUGAAAUGUCUGACUUUCUUCUUAAUGCUUCCAGAGUCGGUAAAAAGCAAGUCGAGUAAAAGCUCAAAGAAAGGGAAUGCCAGUGGCAGCUCCAAGCUGCCCCCAGUCUGCUAUGAGAUAAUAACUCUGAGGAGCAAGAAGAAGAAGAAGAUGGCAGCGGACAUCUUCCCCACCAAAAAGUCAGCAUCUAGCACCACGGUGCAACAGUACCAGCAGCAAAACCUCAACAAUAACAACACUGUUCAGAACUGCAACUGGCAGGGACUCUACUCAACCAUUCGAGAAAGAAACUCUGUGAUGUUCAACAAUGAACUGAUGGCAGAUGUUCAUUUCGUGGUGGGUCAGCCUGGGAGGACUCAGCGGCUGCCGGGGCACAGAUAUGUGUUGGCCGUGGGCAGCUCAGUGUUCCACGCCAUGUUUUAUGGGGAACUCGCUGAAAACAAAGACGAGAUCCAUAUUCCAGAUGUGGAACCAGCAGCUUUUCUGGGAAUGCUAAAAUACAUUUACUGUGAUGAAAUUGACCUGACUGCUGACACCGUGCUGGCCACCCUGUAUGCUGCUAAGAAGUACAUUGUCCCUCACCUGGCACGCGCCUGCGUCAACUUCCUGGAGACCAGUCUUAGUGCCAAAAAUGCCUGCGUGUUACUUUCCCAGAGCUGCCUUUUCGAGGAGCCGGAGCUGACGCAACGCUGCUGGGAGGUGAUUGAUGCCCAGGCUGAGCUGGCUUUACGUUCAGAGGGCUUCUGUGACAUUGAUGCCCAGACUCUGGAGAGCAUCCUACAGCGAGAGACGCUGAAUGCUAAAGAGAUCGUGGUGUUUGAGGCGGCGCUUAGUUGGGCCGAAGCAGAGUGCCAAAGACAGGAGCUCAUCUCUUCCACCGACAACAAGCGUAAAGUUUUGGGAAAAGCGAUGUACCUCAUACGUAUCCCAACAAUGGCGCUGGAUGAUUUUGCCAAUGGCGCAGCUCAGUCGGGUGUGUUGACACUAAAUGAGACAAACGACGUCUUCCUGUGGUACACAGCGGCUAAGAAACCUGAGCUGGAAUUUGUUUGUCAACCACGGAAGGGACUGACCCCCCAGCGCUGCCACCGAUUCCAGUCCUGUGCCUACCGAAGCAAUCAGUGGCGCUAUCGGGGGCGCUGUGACAGCAUUCAGUUUGCCGUAGAUAAAAGAGUUUUCAUCGCUGGCUUCGGCUUGUACGGAUCGAGCUGCGGAUCGGCAGAGUACAGCGCCAAGAUAGAGCUGAAGCGUCAAGGCGUGCUGCUGGGGCAAAACCACAGCAAGUACUUCUCUGACGGAUCCAGCAACACCUUCCCAGUGUGGUUUGAGUAUCCGGUUCAAAUUGAGCCCGAUACCUUCUACACUGCCAGUGUGGUCCUGGAUGGAAUUGAGCUGAGCUACUUUGGACAGGAAGGAAUGACGGAGGUGCAGUGUGGUAAGGUGACGUUUCAGUUCCAGUGCUCCUCGGACAGCACCAACGGCACCGGUGUGCAGGGAGGGCAGAUUCCUGAGCUCAUCUUUUACGCUUGACAUCAAUAAUGUUGAUCUUCUGGGGCUUUUUCUUCAAACUUAGACACCAUUCUGCGCUGUCCCUCUCUGUUUUUACAGUCUCAGAUCUGUAAAAGGUGGACUCAAUUUCAUAUAUGGCCUACUUAGAUGGGAUUAGAUGAAUUAUUUUAGGAGUUUUCUCAAAAACAAAGAUGAACUGUUUUAAAGUCUUGAAGAAUAUCUAGCACUAAAAGUGCAUGUAUGUAAAUAUCUGUACAUAUGUAAAUGUAUUUAAAACUGCAAUUGUGGCCAUAAAUAUAUCCUAUAUAAUAAAAAUGCAAAUUAAGUUUAAUUUCCGUCAAAGAUCUGAAAGACACAGCAGCAAUAUUUCACAUCCUGAUGAGGAUUUUAUAUCUGGAGUUCGGAAAAACUUGUUGGGAUUCAAAAGCAUCAGAAAAUUUAAAGCUCUGUUUAAAACCAUUUUAACAACAGUUUUAUUUUUUUCUUGUCCAUUAAAGCCUUAGUCACAUGCAGUCAUACGGUGGAUGGGGGUUGACCUUAAUGGGUCCUGUGGGUUUAUGCGUUGCCAGGUACGUGAAGGGUCAUAGAGACAAGCACAGGUGUGUCUUACAGUUGAGGCCAUGAAAAUAAAACAUCCCAUUGUUGUGCAUGUGGUAGGUGUAUCGUGAUGAAUUUGAAAGGCUAACGAAAGUUGCACGCAAUUAUUACGCACGGGUGAUGGUGUCGUACUGUUCCCUUACACCGCACUGGUCAUUAGUAAGGUAUGCACACUUCCCCUUUACCGACCGCCCUCAAAUACUGCACACAUGGGUCUGCACAUAAUUCGUAAGUGCCUGUCGGACGUCCAGAAGAUUCACCACAGAAUAUAAAUCUCUGAUUGUCUAAUUUUCUAAACUCUAAAGGUACAUUCACACCACACUUAGCAACGCUCUUUUAAGCGUCCACUUCCAAAGAAAAGUCUAUGUAAAUGGGCUUUCGCGUUGACAACUUCUAUGAUCAUAUAUAGCUACGCAAGUUUCUACUAAUAUUUGUAGGCUCUACAUACAACACAUGCUGCAUUUAUAAGUAAAACCCUUUGAACUUUGACCAGUGAGGAACUCAGAUUUGGUAGUGAAGAAUGGAUGGCGUCCUGUUUUAUUCACGGAAAAAUGGAUCACGAAUAAAUAAUAAUGUGCGCCCAGUCAAAAUAAUUUGACACCAAGUCUUUUAUAUAUCGGAAUAGAGCUGUGAAAGCAAUAGCCUGAAGCAAGAUUUGCACGGCAUUGACAUUUUGCACCAAGCCUCUUUCAGCUGUAGUUGCCACACAUGCACUAGUUACCAGUGGAUAAAGAAGAAGAAGAAGAAGCCCCUCCCUGCUUGUUUAGUGUGAACACCAUGAGCUAAACCCAGUCUGGGGGGUGGUCAAACUGAAAAAUCUGUACGACACACUUGUAUCUCACCUACUUCAAACAUACUUACCGUUACAUGUUGUAUAAGUCUUUGCAACAACCAGGCAUGCCAUAGGGAAAGAUGUGUAUGAAGAUGUUCUCACUAUGGGUUCACUGAGCGGUCUACUACCUUAAUAUUUCGUGCGGACCACCUGUCAUGCAUGAGAAGUUUGUCAAUUUGUCGCCCACAGGCAGCCGGUAUCCUCCCGUAAGGACAGUUGUGACUAAGGCUUUAGAUUUGAGAGGCUUUGUGUUCAGAAUGUGUGGCAAAGCACUAGAUUAGGGAGCACAAGCCACAAAAGUGAAGAAAAUUUUGCCAAGCACCAAAACCCCUUUUCAUCCUUUAAGUUAGGCCACUUUAAGAGUGAUGUUUACAGUGAACACAGGGACUGUAUGAUUUGUUUAGGUAAGGUGAGCCACGUGUCCGCCUUUGUCUGCAGAAAUCACAGCACGAGCUGUUUUGUUCCAGUUUAUCUUAAAUGUACUGCUAAUUGUUCUUGCUCCUUCGCUUUGUUUACAGCAAAAAGAUCAAUGAUCGAUUCAGAGUUAGAAGCUGCUUUUCCAUUUAUUGACUUUCCUUUUCACUUGGUUAAAAACCCUGUGUCCUCUUGAAUGGGAAGUACACCUUACUAAUGUGAUCACAGGUACCUGCAAACGUAUACCGGACACGGUUGCUGUUGCCUUGGUGUGGUUUGUUAAGAAGCAUGAGCUUCAUCAUGUUCUUCAUGUAGGUGAGGGACCAAUGGGCUUGUCUGCUGACGUUUGUGAUCGCCUAAUGUGUCGAAGUGAUGGAAGACCGAUGAAUGUGAAUGAUUGUGGAAGAUACAAAUAAAAGAAAAUGGUAUAUAUGGUAA